AUGAUCAUGGUGCGCGGUCUUCAAGCCUUUGCUCUCGCCAGCGUCGUCCUGGCACAGUCCAACGACACGGACGACGAGAAUGCUUAUCCUUCGAACCCCUACCUCCGUUACCGCCCAGACUUCUCGCGCUCCCUCCCCACUCAGAUCCUCGUCACGACCGUAACCCUCACGCUUCUGGGCGUGCUCGCCGUCCAACUCGCAUUUACUGCUCAAUAUCACUGGAAGCUUGCGCGCACCAACUUUGUUCUCCAGGCUGCCGCUUUGGUGGCGCUUCUCGCGGGAAGCAUCGCGAGUUUGAUGACCAUCGUGGAAGCUUGUAUUGCGCAAAGCAAGGAAUGGCCAUACAUGCUCAACUACAUUGCGGUCGACCUGCCACCCCUCACUCUACAAACUUUGAAGAACGGAACAUGGUCACAAUCCAGUGUCACCGGAUGGCAGCUGGUAAGCGCCCUAUGGGGCGUCCUCAUCCAGAUGACGCAUAUCCAGUUUCUGACGCUAAUGUACCCCUCACGACUCGAAGCCAGCCUGAUCUUUGUCCUCUUGGGACCGCUUUCGCUCGUCGCUGCAGUCAUGCAGAUCGCUACGAUCAAGCUAGAUGGAAGUGCUGAGCGCUUUGCCGAAGCCGUACGGAAUGUCUGCAAUGCUUCGCUUUCGCUCAUAUUCCUCCUCGCGCUCGUCCUAUGGGGAUUCUUCGUCAAUCGCAAACAAGCAUGGCGUACGGAUGGUGGCACGGCGGCGUUUGGCGGCGGGGCACUCUUCCUAGCCUUGGCGUCGUGCGCGUUGACGUUCGUCUACAUCCCAUCGGCGGAGCAAUACGACUGGAUGCCACCGCUCACGGGCGCAGUGAUGUUAUGGCAGAGCUUCCUAGGGUGGUGGUGGUGGGUUGGCGCCGGCAUGGGUGUUGGAGAAGUGGAAGAUUUCCUGCGACGCGAGGAGAAGCGUAGGAGACGCCGACAACAACGGGAUGAGAAACGCCGAGAGCAGAAGGAGAAGGCGCGGGAGCUAUGGAGCAAUGCGACGAGCAGGCUCAGCGCCCGGAGACGGAGACGUGCGAGUAGCGGGACGAGCGAGGAGAUCGAGGACGACAGCUUGCCCCCGAGCGUCAUUCCCGUUGUGCCAACGUUGAGCUCAUCAUCGAACGCGUCGUCAACGGGCAGCACCUCUUCGACGCAACAAAGCCCGCCGACAACUCUUACUGGGCGCGUGUUGGCGAUGUUCCGUUCGAGCUUCGCGUACAUCCGUCAUUCGCACAUGACUGCGGCACAAGCGCGCGUGCGGGAACAAGCGGGCCGAUUGGCCGACGCGUAUGGCUCAGAAGAACCACAGAAUGGUGUGCAUGGCUGGGGGCUGGGCCAUUAUGGUGUGCGGGAGAGGGUGCGCUUGGGCCGGGAUGUGCGCAACGCAAGAGAGCGGAGAGAUGCUGAGGAAGAUGUUGAGGAUGAGCGGGAGGAGAAAGAGCGAGCGAGGAGAGGCGCGGGCAGCGGCAUGUGGUGGUGGGAGCCACUCAGGAGAUGGAGGCUGCAGGACUCUACGACAUAUUAG